CUGAUCCCCCAUAAUCUAGGAGCUAUUUGGAUCACUUUACCUUGUUCUUCACUCAAGUUUUCCUUGCUCUAUAUCCUGCCUGCCCUUAUCCAGCCUAAUCAGCUGAGAUUCCUGAUUUAUCUUAUCAGCACCUUCAGCUUCCUCUUGAUUUCUUUCAACUCCUUAUCCAGGGUGAUCUGCUAUGAUUCAAGAGCCAUAUUCAGCCAUUUAGGCCACUCCAUGUGCCUGAUUGCUUUGGAGAAACUCUUUAUCUCUCUGAACCUCAACCUCCUUUGGCUUUCUACAGCUUCUCACAUCCAAGGCUGACUCUCCAUUAUCUUCAGCACCUCUUGGGUGUCCUUCAGCCUCUCAUCUAGGCCUAUUCCUGCUACAUGGGCUUCUUCUAUCUAGCCUGAUUUACCUGGUAUCUGAAUCUCUGCAGGUCAAAUAAGCCUCCAUAAUUGAGAGUUGAACAAGUUAAUCUGUUACUCAUUCCAUUUUAUUUGGGCAUAAUUCAGCCUCAUCAGUCUGUAGGGUUGAGACUGCAGCAUUUGUAAACCCAGGAGAUAUUCUGUCUUAUCCAGCUUAUUCAGCUAGGACUCGGAAUUUCCUCAGAUUUAUCCAUCAUGCUUGUCUAAUUCCUCAUCACCCUCAGUCUCCUUGGCUCUCCAAUACUCUCAUAUCCAAGCUGCUCUAUAUUGAUUCAGGAUAUAUCCAGCCCUAUCUAUCUAUAUCCUUCUCUCUUAGCCUUCUACUUGGCUUCCUGCUGCUAUCCUUCAACUCCUCUGUCAAGUUGAUUAUCCAUAAUUCAGCUCCUGAUGUAUUCAACCAUUGGCUUCUCAGCUGAUUUCAGGAUUAGUUCCUGAUUUUGUUCACCUUCUUCAGGAGGCUUCUCAAGAGCUUUUUCUGCUCAAUUUGGACCUCCUUCACAUUUUAACACCAAUCCUUCACUUCAGCUCAUUGUCUAUAUAGCUACAGUGAAGCUCAAACUUCUGCUAUAGAUUUUCUCUUGCCAAUAGUGGCCUGGUCAUUUUUCUCACCAGUGGUGGUCUGGACCCUUGAACUUUCACUUGUCAGUGAUUGUUUAGUCCUCUGCAUUCUCUUCAGAUAUUGGAUAAAAUCCAUUUCCUGAAGCAGUUUGU